GAGGCUGGCUGAACAGAGGAAAAGAUCAGAGUGAGGAACAAGAGGCUGUUAGCAGUGGGAACUCACCAUUUGUCAGUGUGCAAAAAACUGGACAAUGGCUUAUUUCAAGAAUAUGAAUGUCGUCAACGCCACCGCCUUGCCAAUGGUGCCCGUGGACGAAGGCCCGGCAUACGGUGCGAAGCAGUGUGCCGCGAGGAGGAAUCUGGCAGACUAUGUGCCCUGUAUCCUUCGGGACCCACAGAAACCGUCUCUGGGGGAGCUGGAGUUCGUCCAGCACAUGGCCCUCUCAGGCUCGUGCCUCGUGGGCUCCAUCCACCAGGUGAACGAACGGAUUGCUGAAGUGGACCUGAUCCCCAAACCCCUGGACAACAUCCUGGCAUUUGAGAGACAUGAGUUGGAGAAGAAGGCUUUAAAAGAGAAAAGCCACCGCAGCUCAGAAGACAGAGACAGGAGUCAAAGAAAAUCCCCAGAGGUUUGCAGUGGCUCAGCAAUCAGGAAUGUCAGAGCCACCUCUAUGAAAAGGAGAACGGCAGACAAGAAUCUGCUGGCCGAGCUCUACCAGUACCCCCAGUUUGACGACUCCAUGCCGAACGAGCUCCCGAACGGGGUGGACUUCUGCGAAAUGGUGGGCAACGUGGUUCGCUCCGAGAGGAGCCUCUUAACUGGCAGGUUCUUCUGUUCGCUUAAAGACUUAGAGACGUUCCUUUCUUCCCCUCCUAUACGGGCCAUCUGGCUGGACAGCUUCUGGUGGAUCUUUCAUGAGAGGUAUCAGCAAAACAAAGAAAUCCAGAAUAAGCUGUUCGACCGGAUAUCCCAACAGUACACUUUGUUUUUGUUUCGUGGGUCCGGGCCCCACUAUGAAGAGGCGAUUCUAAAAAGGCUGCCGUCACUUCUGAGUAAAGGCCUGUACACCAGCUUCAGCUGCAGCUUCCCACAGUCCUGGCUCAACACACACGAAUUCAAGUCUGACAUCUGUAACACCGUCAGCCUGUGGAUUUCUGGUAUCUCUCCGAGCCCGCUGAGCUAUGACAGUUGGGACUACUCAAACCUGGAUCCGGAGAGAUUCAGGAGGGAAAGACUAAUAUCGAGGAAGACACGCCAGAACAAGGGUGAGGUCCCACUUAUGGACUUCGGUCCCCUUUGCCUGGGAAAAGAGAUGUCCUUCUUCACUCAUAAUGUGCACCCUCCUUACAAGUCUGGCCACAGCAGGAAAGCCCCCCAAUCUCAGCCUACUGAUGGACAUCCAGAUAGCAAGAGGAAUUCCGACGAAACCACGCAAUCACAGAACACCACGAAAGAUUUCUCUAACCUACUCCCUGUAGCAUCUCCCAAUGAUCCGAAUCCACCCAGGUGUUUUCACACUAAUAAGAAACAGAGAUCUACCUUGGCUCACCAACUCCCAAUUAUUAUUAUUACUAUUAUUUUUGCUAAUAUUACUUUGACAGAUCAUUGUCAGACUCAAGUCUCGAAGAAAUCUACACAAAUCAGGAAAAUAUCAGAAGCAAGAUUAGCUGAGAAUAUGCUUCCUAAGUCCCACCCUGCCUGCAAAAUCCCUGCGUUGACUUCAAACCACUUCAACCUCUACGGGAAGAGUCCCCUGGUCGUUUACUUCCUGCUCAACUACGCCACCCUGAGGCAGUGUGGCGGAGACGUGCUGAUCACCAGGAGGGAGAUAACCAAGAUCAUCCCAUAUCCUUCCCUGCGUCCUCUCCCCCGAAGCAAGGCACCCACCAACGGGGAGGGGUUUUCCUUGACCUUGAAAGUCACUGAGUCCAGCCUGACCUACGCGGACGUCAUCAGCCUGACCCUGUGCCGCAUGAGGAAGCGGAAGGACAACCUCAUGCAGCUGACCAAGUUCCGCUGCAGUGAGUGGACGUACUUCGACAUGUACCUGGCGGAGCUGCAGGACAACUUCCUCAGGGACAUAAAGGCUUUAGACCAAAGAGAAGCAGAUAAGAAAAGGGCAAACCGCACAUUCAUCCCAUCUUCCGUCUUCAUUGAGGAAACCCUCGCGAAGAAACAUAGAGAAGACCUGGAUAAGGAGACCGAAUUUCUUUUAAGGAGGGAAAAAGAGGAGGAAGAGAGAUAUAAGUGGAAUGACUAUUCCCUCCCACGUUCAAGUCGUGACGAAAAGUUCUUUGAUGAUUCUGAUGUCAGGUAGGUAGAACAACAACAGGAGGAGAAAACGAAAAUUGUGGCCAAAGACUGAAAAAAUAAAAAUGAUUCCCAGGAGAAAGAAAAGAGUUCAUUAUAAGUUUUUUUGCAGGCUGAGUGAAAAACAGGAGUGAGGAGUUUUUCACUUGGGUGACUACAUUUUCUCAUGCACUUAGUCUUUUACCCAUUAUUUUAUAUUAUAGCUAACAAUAUGAAAUUAUAAUAU